AUGGUGCCUUCUCUUGCUUUGAUUUGGAAGGGCAAAACUCUCACAUUCUGGAUGCCUCUACUAUUUGAUUCCACCAGUGUACAAGUCGUGAUUACUCCUUUGAAUUUACUUGGCGAACAAAAUGUCAUGGACCUCAAAAAAGCGGGAAUUUCAGCUAUAUCUAUACACACAGACACUGCCACAGCACAUAACUUUCAGAGAACCUUGAGUAUCGAGUUGAUCAGUCCUGAACAGGUUAUGAAGGACGGCGAAGGAUUCGAGAGGCUACUCAAAAAUCCUUUGUUUGUGUCACACCUGAUGGGUGUGGUUAUAGACAAAGCUCAUUGUGUCAGCUCAUGGGGAGAAUUUCGCCCAGAAUACAAGGAGCUUGGUAGACUAAGAUUCAUCCUCCCCCUGGACAUACCAUUUCUUGUGAUGUCUGCAACUCUCUCCUCAUCCAUGCUGCAAGAUGUCACCAGACUUCUCCAUCUACAGAGCGGGGAUAAACUCGUCACUAUUCGUCAAAGUAUAGAUCAGCCAAAUAUCAAUAUUGGAGUAAAGCCCAUCCAGGGAACAUACCAAAGCUUCGCAGACCUCACAUUCCUCAUUCCUGACCAGUGGAAACUUGGAGACCCGCCCCCUCCUAAGUUUCUCAUCUUCUUUGACAACAUAAACAAUGCUAUCAAGGCCGUGAAGUUCCUGCAGGCGCGUUUGCCACAAGAAUGUCAAGAUAAGGUCAAGUGGUUCAAUGCUGACAUGACGAUGCACUUUAAACAAGAUGAGGUGAAGAAUUUUACUGAAGGAAACACAUGGGGGUUUUGUAUGACAGAAUCCUUUGGAAUGUGGCAGGCAACGUGGUGUUCGCUGUCUACUUUAUGGCAGUGCUUUGGUCAUGCAGUUCGAAAUAUGUUGUUGGAGGGGACUGCAAUACUAUUUGCUGAGAAGGAGUACUUUGAUGUAUAUAAAGCAGAGAAAGAGAGAUGGAGAGUGGAGCGAGCAAAAAGAAAAGCUACAUCUUCAAAGAAACAGCGCAUUGGCAAAAAUAGUCCUGUUGCCGCCGUGAACAUUCCAACAGGAGAAGAAAGAUCUGAUGGAUCUGAUGGAUCUGAUGGAUCUGACAAUGAGAUAGAAAUAAGCAGCACUCAUGUUCAACAAACUCACGCCGGUGAUACAAUGGAUACCUGGCAAUUACGGGUGAAGAUGGAGGUGCCUAGAGAAACAAAUAUUAGCCAGCCUCGACGGAAGACCUCCCAACAAACCAGACUUGAGCCAGCUAUGGACUACUUCAUUAACACUGAUAUGUGUCCUGGGAUUGGUUGUCAUUCAUAUUUUGUCCCAUUCAUCUCUACAAUCCCAAAACAACAAAAAGGACCUUCACGCUCGCAGCUUGCCAAGUUUUACAUGGCCCUCCUUGAUUCGAAGUUGACUGAUGCACUUGAUGACUGGUGGGAGGAAGCGACUAUCAAGCUCUAUGGCCAUGCUCAUUUGCAUGAUCUUGGACCCAGGCUCAUAAUGCCUAAUAGUAUUCUAGAUCGCAUUGUUGAAUGCACGCAUUUCUUCAAGAUCAAAUCCACAGCUGACUUGGCCAAAGAAACUCAUUGGUCAGGAGCCAACAAACAUGGAGAUGAGAUUAUCACGUUGAUUCACCAAGUCCACCCGCUUCCUACGCCCUUAACAUCAGCCCCGCUACAGCCUUGUACAAUCUCGUCGAAUACUAACGCAAUGCUUGUGGGGAGGAGGGCCAUAAUGGAUGCUCUACCUCAUCUACUAUUGUACCAUCGUCUUCUGUACCUAUUCCCUUCCAUCCUUUCUCAAAUAGCUCGUGCCCCUUGUCAAGAAGAUCCAGGACUAAACUUCAACCAGAGGCAACUCGAGAAUGACCCUCGCGACACUACGGUUUGA